AUUUAUAUUUUUAAGAAUAAAACAAAACCUUUUUAGAGAUGCGAACUGCUUAAUUUAUCGAAAUAAGAUCUGCACCGCCUUUAUCAAUUGGUAACGUCUGACAAACCGUCGUUUGGACUCAACGUCGAACUUUCAUCUGUAAUAAUUUACGAACUUCAUCAAUCAUGGAUGCUGAUCUGUAUGAUGAGUUUGGGAAUUAUGUCGGACCUGAUCUCGAAAGUGAUGGAGAGGAAGAUGAGGAAGAAGAUGAAGAUUUAGACGACCUGGAUGCAGAUAAUGAUGAGGAUGCUGAUCACGAUGAUAUUGAUGAGCACCCAGACAUGCAAGUCGUCCUGCACGAAGAGAAGAAAUAUUAUCCGACGGCAGAGGAAGUUUACGGGCCGGAAGUGGAGACUAUAGUACAAGAAGAGGACACACAGCCGCUAACAGAACCAAUCAUUGCUCCUAUCAAAAGGAAGAAAUUUUCUGUGGCGGAACAGGACUUUGUUGAGACAGUUUACAAUAUGGAAUUUUUGGCUGAUCUGAUGGACACACCCGACCUGAUAAGGAACGUAACCCUCUGUGGACACCUACACCAUGGCAAGACUUCCUUCAUUGAUUGUUUAAUGGAACAGACACAUCCUGGCCUCCAACGGGUUGACGAUAACGAUCUUCGUUACACUGACACAUUGCUGACUGAAAUUGAGAGAGGGGUCAGCAUCAAAAGCACACCGGUCACUCUUGUUAUGCAGGACACCAGGAACAAAUCCUAUUUGUUGAAUGUCUUUGAUACCCCAGGUCAUGUGAACUUUUCUGAUGAGGUGUCUUCUGCUUUCCGGCUUAGCGAUGGAGCUGUCAUCUUCAUUGAUGCUGCAGAGGGGGUGAUGCUUAACACGGAGAGACUGAUCAAGCAUGCUGUCCAAGAGCGACUCUCCGUCUGUGUCUGUAUCAACAAAAUUGACCGACUGAUGCAGGAAUUGAAACUGCCACCCACAGAUGCCUAUUAUAAACUGCGUCACAUCUUGGAGGAAGUGAACACUAUUAUAAGUAUGUACACAGACGACCAGGAAAACCACAUGGUGUCCCCGAUUCUUGGAAACGUGUGCUUCGCCAGUUCCUAUUACAGAUAUUGUUUCACACUGAAGUCCUUUGCAAAGAUCUACGCUGAUACUUAUGGUGGCAUCAACAUCAAAGAAUUUGCUCGUCGUCUUUGGGGUGACAUUUAUUUCAACAGCAAAACUCGACGCUUCACCAAGAAACCCCCCCACAGUACAUCCCAAAGAAGUUUUGUGGAAUUCAUCCUGGAACCAAUGUACAAGAUAUUUGCUCAGAUUGUCGGUGAUGUCGACGAGAAUCUUCCCAGUGUCUGCGAGGAACUCGGUAUCAGCCUGACAAAGGAGGAGCGAAAGAUCAAUGUCCGUCCCCUGCUGAGGGUGGUGAUGAAGCGGUUCUUUGGAGAAUUUAUUGGUUUCACAGAUAUGUGUGUAGAACACAUCCCCUCCCCUGCUGCCAAUGCCCACACCAAAGUGGAGCAUAUGUACACGGGGCCGAUGGACUCUGAGCUGGCUGAAUCAAUGGUACAGUGUGACUCCCAGGGUCCAUUGAUGAUACACACGACCAAACUCUACCCGACGCCACCCGAUGCCACCAGCUUCCACGUCCUGGGACGUAUCAUGAGUGGGAUGCUGCAUGCCAACCAAGAAGUGCGAAUCCUAGGUGAAAACUACUCCUUGCAGGAUGAAGAGGAUUCUCGUCCUGGGAUGGUUGGGCGAUUGUGGAUUGCCGAGGCGAGGUACAAAAUAGAAGUGAACCGUGUCCCUGCCGGUAACUGGAUCCUCAUUGAAGGCAUUGACCAGUCCAUUGUGAAGACGUCCACAAUUACCGAUGUCACUGGACCAGACGAUGUGUAUAUAUUCCGGCCCAUCAAAUUCAACACCAGCUCUGUUAUCAAGAUUGCUGUCGAACCUGUCAACCCUUCAGAAUUACCCAAAAUGUUGGACGGUUUGCGUAAGGUCAACAAGAGUUAUCCUCUCUUGAACACUAAGGUUGAAGAAUCUGGGGAGCAUAUCAUCCUUGGCACCGGUGAACUCUACCUUGACUGUGUCAUGCAUGACUUGAGAAAGAUGUAUUCGGAGAUUGAUAUUAAAGUAGCUGACCCCGUUGUGUCGUUCUGUGAAACUGUUGUGGAAACUUCUUCGUUGAAGUGUUUUGCUGAAACGCCAAAUAAAAAGAACAAGAUCACAAUGAUUGCUGAACCAUUGGAGAAGGGACUUGCUGAAGACAUUGAGAACGAGGUCGUCCAAAUCAGUUGGCCCCGUAAGAGACUUGGUGAAUUCUUCCAGACCAAAUACGACUGGGAUUUGCUGGCCGCUCGGUCCAUCUGGGCGUUUGGUCCCGAUGCUACUGGACCCAACAUCCUUGUUGACGACACACUGCCCUCUGAGGUAGAUAAAAAUCUUUUGGUCUCUGUGAAAGAUAGCAUCGUCCAAGGUUUCCAGUGGGCCACAAGGGAAGGCCCCCUGUGUGAUGAACCUAUCCGUAAUGUGAAAUUCAAGAUCCUCGAUGCCGUUAUUGCUGGGGAACCCAUCCAUCGUGGUGGCGGACAAAUUAUUCCAACUGCUCGGAGAGUCGCCUAUUCUGCCUUUUUGAUGGCUACACCACGUAUGAUGGAACCCUAUUUCUUUGUGGAGGUCAUGGCUCCUGCUGAUUGUGUCUCUGCAGUCUACACUGUACUGGCACGAAGAAGAGGUCAUGUGACUCAGGAUGCCCCCGUACCAGGUUCACCACUCUACACCAUCAAGGCCUUCAUUCCAGCAAUUGACUCCUUCGGUUUCGAGACUGAUCUCAGAACACACACGCAGGGACAAGCCUUCUCUUCAGUCUUCCAUCAUUGGCAGAUUGUUCCCGGUGAUCCCUUGGAUAAAAGUAUUAUAAUCCGACCCCUCGAACCGCAGCCUGCUACACAUUUAGCCCGGGAGUUCAUGAUUAAGACUCGUCGACGAAAGGGCCUGAGUGAGGACGUCAGCAUCAACAAGUUCUUCGACGACCCUAUGUUGUUGGAAUUGGCCAAACAAGAUGUCAUGCUUAACUACCCCAUGUAAAAGACAAAAGGAAAAAGAAAAAAAAUGAUGAAAAUACAAAAAAAAAAAAAAAAAA